CCGAGGCAAAAAUGGAAAUUCUAUGAAAACGUGGAUUUCAUGAAUCUACCAAUCACGUUCAGAAGCUGCCAAUGACCAAUGAAAUGGCCAAUCCGUGGUACCACUCUUCUUGAAAUUUGGCAGGUAUACACCCCCACCACUGCAAUUAGGGGUUGCUCAUUUCUUAAAUAUGACAUGUUUGCUAGCACUCGUCACUUCUUAGUUGACGGUCUAUGUCUACGGCCUCGGGUGGCCCAUCUCGCCAUAUUGUAUUAAGACUUACCUUUCCCGGUCUAUCGUACCGAUUUUAAGUCAAAUUUUUACGUGUUCGAUAAUAUUUGUGUUGUGACCGUGAUCUACUAUUGGAAUCAAUCAUGGCAAAUAAUGGAUUAUCUGCUGCUGAUUAUGAGAUGUUAGCAGUUUUCGAUGAUGAGUCCGCGUUGUCAACAUUGGGGGAUCUCGACACAUCAGUUGAGGAUUUGGACAUGGAGUUAGAAUACUCGGACUCCACGGAGUUCGAUAAACCGGUGCCAUCCCCUACGGAAUCCACCAGUUCGGAGCCGUCCAUCCACGAAUCGUGGGACUGGGUUUUGGUUGAUCUGUCGGAGACACCGGAGACACUGGAGACGGCAGAACAACUUGGAAUACGACCACAACAAAUACUCGAAAUACAACAGGAAAACAAAACAAAUAACGAAAACGAGAGACAUGUAUUCGUCGUACCAAAAAUUUACGAGUGCAUGUUCUGCACGAAACUAUUUUAUAAUACACGAGUCUUGCGUACUCAUCAGAUUGACCAUGCAAAGCAACAGUUAAGAUGUAAAUAUUGCAACAAACGGGAACUUACUUUAUGUAACCUUCGCAGACACAUUGAGUAUUAUCAUUAUAGUAUGAGACGAUAUGUACUUGCUGAAUGUUCAUACUAACGUUUCGAGUAGCUAUUUGAUUUUUAAAUACUGCUCAAGGAUUAAUUAUUUUCCUUCUUAAAUUAAUCACGAAUCAAUUGUUGAUUAUGAGGUAGGCAUGAAGAUUCUACCAGUAAUUACAAUCCAGUGAGAAUUGUUAAUGCCUCAAUGAUUUAUUCUUACACACAUCAAGACAGUUGUAGACAUCAAGUGAAUACUGGAAUACAAGACAGAAUUAAAUGAAGUUCUUAACAGAAAACAAUAGAGAGA